AUGUCAUCUUCCGCUGAAGAUAAAUGGAUAGGAUUGACUUUGGCCAUAUCUAGCUCGGUGGCCAUUGGAAUGAGUUCCAUCAUCACGAAAAAGGGCUUGAACGCUGCUGCAAUAGAGGGCGCAUCGGCUUCUGACAAUCAUGCCUAUCUCAAGAAUUCGAUAUGGUGGCUAGGCAUCAGUACACAAAUACUGGGCGAAAUUGCCAAUUUUACCGCCUAUACCUUUGCCCCUCCGAUACUGGUGACGCCUUUAGGUGCUCUCAGUGUGCUUGUUGGCGCUAUCGCUGCGUCACUUAUGCUAGGGGAAUUUCUAGGACAUCUAGGACGGGUGGGCUGUACCCUAUCGCUCAUAGGCUCUCUUAUGAUUGUCAUAAAUGCCCCAGAGGAUAAGCAGGUAGACACCGUGGACCAGAUUUUGGAAUAUGCUGCUCAGCCGGCGUUUAUGCUCUAUGUAAUGGCUGUUCUCAUCUACUCUGUGGUCGCCAUUACUGUUAUCGUUCCACGUUAUGGCCGGACUUUGCCGUGGGUAUAUAUUUCGAUCUGUUCUCUCGUUGGUUCUGUUUCGGUCAUGUCGAUCAAAGCAUUCGGUAUCGCCAUCAAGUUGACUGUUGGAGGAAACAACCAGUUUUUUCGACCUAGCACAUACGUAUUUGGGGUUGCUCUUAUCCUGAGUGCUGUCGUUCAACUCAAUUAUUACAACAAAUCCUUGGAUACCUUCUCUGUCAACAUUGUUAAUCCCAUGUACUACGUCGGAUUUACUUCUGCAACAAUCGUGGCUUCCUUGAUUUUGUUCCAGGGAUUCAACACUGACAAUGCUGCUGGUGCGGUAUCUCUACUUUGUGGUUUUGCUGUCACUUUCCUUGGUGUACAUGUCCUUGAUGUUUCCAGAAGGGAAAACGAUGCCCUUGAAGAUUCUCUGGUUCAACCCUUACGCUCCUCUGUCCCAGGUGAAAGUGGCUUCUUCAUUCCUAGGCAGAGCUUGGGUGAUCGAACUUCCUUGGACCGGUGGGAUGGACAAAAUGCGGCAGCUACACGUUCAAGCCUCAGUCACCACAGGAGGACUUCUUCAACCAACCUGUUUGAUCUCGACUCCCGUCAGGCGGCUAGUAAUAGGAAUGACGGACGAGUCCCUCUUCAUGGUUUCAGAGAGGAAGAUGAGUGGGAAAUGGAUGGGGGUGAACGUAUACGUCGUCUUCCUUCUGGACAAAGGCCAAGGACCGCACAGACCUUGCCUCGACAUCCCGAUUUACUAACCUGA